AUGGAAGGGGCCGUUGCCGUGAACGAUGAGAAAGUACAAGAGAGGUGGAUACAGCACUACAGCAGCAGGCACCAGAUCCUGCUAGUGGGCGAGGGAAAUUUCUCAUUCGCAGCUUCCUUAGCCACUGCAUUCGGCUCUGCUCGCAACAUGGUCGCUACCUCUUUGGACUCUCGAGAUCUGGUCGAGGAGAAGCACCCAAGUGCGAGAACUAAUCUGCAGCUUCUGGAGCAGUUGUGGUGCACCAUUUUGCACCAAGUGGAUGCCACGGCGAUGAUAAGAGAUCCCCGCCUUGAUUCCAAGCUGUUCGAUAGAAUAGUUUUCAACUUCCCUCAUGCAGGGUUCACUUUCAACGAAAGUCAUCCUUUCCAAAUUAAGCUGCACAGCAGUGUAGUAAAAGGGUUUCUUAAGAAUGCUUAUGAGAUGUUGAGAGAGAGUGGCCAAGUACACAUAACCCUCAAGACGUCUCACCCAUACAAUAAAUGGAAAAUAGAAGAUUUGGCAGAGGAUGUGGGACUGAAUUUGGCUGAGAAAGUGGAGUUCAGUAUAUAUCAAUAUCCAGGCUAUAGAAACAAGAGAGGCCAUGGCAGUAGAAGCGACCGGAAUUUCCCAGUUAGAGAAUGCUCUACUUUCAAGUUCUGUAAGUAAGUAAAUUAAAUCUCUCUAAUUAUUUAUGUCAUGUUCGAUCUUAUCUUUACAAGUCUUGAAAGUGGAGUUAAUUUUUAUAUUUAAACAAGAUACACAAAAAGUAUUUUAAAAAAAAAUACUUUAUUAACAA